AUGGAUCACAAUAAAAGUGAAAUUAAAAAAGAACUUUUCGUAUCAAUUGCGCUUGAUGAAACCACAGAUGUAGCAAACUUAAGUCAAUUAUACAUUGUUAUGCGAUAUGUAUUAAAUGGCAUUCCUCAAGAGCGAUUCUUAGGAUUUUUGGACGUCACUAGCGAACGAACUGCAGAUGCGUUGUUUGAAAUUGUUUGUUACAUUAUUUCAAGUUUAGAAUGUGGUUCUAAGCUUGUUGUCCAGAGCUACGAUGGUGCUGCUGUAAUGGCUGGCCAUUUAGGAGGCCUUCAAGCUAAAGUAAAAGAGAAGUUUAAACAUGCAAUUUUUUUGGUUUUAUCGCGAAGUUUUCUUUUCGACGCUUAG